AUGGAUCCACUGACCGCGCAGCAAACGGCCGCGUACUUGGCUCGUAUCGGCGUUCCCAAGCGAGAGCCCUUCACCGCAAACAUCGACACGCUUCGUACUCUCAUGGAAGCGCACCUGCAACGCGUGACCUUCGAGAACGUCGACGUCUUGCUGGGACGAACAAUUGCACUCGAUGUCAACUCGCUGUUCGCCAAGAUUGUCGAAAGCGGACGCGGCGGCUACUGCUUCGAGCUCAACUCACUGUUCGCCCGUCUUCUCCAAGCGCUGGGCUACCGGCUUCGUCUGCGCAUGGCUCGCGUUCGCUGGGGUCUUCCUCGGGAUGCACCGAUGCCGCUGCAGCAGCACGUGGUACUCGUAGUGGAGCUCCCUGAGGGCGACCACCUCGUCGACGUCGGAUUCGGUGCGGCCAACCCGUACUUUCCUCUGCCCCUGAAAGAAACGGAAGGGAGCGCCGACCACCCGUACAGGCUGCGGAUGCUGGGCGCUGACGAAGACUGCGACCCGGGUACGCUGGAACUUUGCGUCCGAGGCCGCGAUGACUGGGUACAGAUGUACCGCAUCGAACCCCGUGAUCAGCGUUGGCGUGACUGCGUGCCCCUCAACUGGUACACGUGCACUAAUCCCGAUUCCAUAAUGCGCCGUGUGCUCAUGAUGAGUCGCACUGACGGCCAAGCGUGGCUAACCUUGUUCAACGGUCGCUACAGGCGCCGCCUGCGCGGAUCUGGUUACGACGCCGUGGAGAAGCGGGAUAUAAGGGACGUCGACGAAUUGCUUAACCUGAUGAAGAAUGAGUUCUGCCUUCGCCUGUGCCCCGAGAAAGACUUGGAAAACCUGCGUGCUGUCUUGGCAACGCUUGUCGUCGAGGAAGCUUGA